CUAUUCUUCUUUUCCAUGUAUCUGAUGAACUCGUGUGACGUUUAGUUCAUGACAUUUUACAGCAUUUCAUGAACUUUUACUCAGUUGUGAAUGCUACAUUCUAUACCCAAAAGGCCGAGACACUCUAUCAAUAGCUAUAAAAACAUUUUCUCGGCGGCCGUCGCUCCUGGGCUCUCACUGCCGGCUCCGGGUUCUGCUUGGAGCCUCCUGCCAGCCGCCGCGUCUCCCUGCCCUCGCUGCCCCUCCAUGUGCCCAGGCGCCGCCGCUCCGCCUCGGGCCGCCGCUCACCCCGGGGUCUAUGGAAGUGAUGGAAGGACCCCUCAACCUUGCUCACCAACAGAGCCGACGGGCAGACCGUUUGUUAGCUGCUGGGAAAUACGAAGAAGCGAUUUCUUGUCACAAAAAGGCGACAGCCUAUCUCUCUGAAGCCAUGAAGCUGACACAGUCUGAGCAGGCUCACUUAUCACUGGAACUGCAAAGGGAUAGCCACAUGAAGCAGCUUCUCCUCAUCCAGGAGAGGUGGAAGAGAGCGAAGCGAGAGGAGCGGUUGAAAGCGCAGCAGAGCACAGACCGGGAUGGAGUCCCCCACCUGCAGGCAUCUCACAGACCCUCUGAGGACUCGGAAGGCCAGAGCCCUCUUCUUUCUCAGACAGACAUCCCUUCCACAGAGAAGCGCCUCCCUGAGGUGCAGGGGGUCUUUGACAGGGAUCCAGACACGUUGCUAUUUUUACUUCAGCAAAAGAAUGAGCCGUCAGAGCCCUGUAUUGGAAGCAAGGCCCCAAAAGAUGAUAAGACGAUUAUAGAGGAGCAGGCAACCAAGAUUGCAGAGUUGAAGAGGCACGUGGAGUUCCUUGUGGCGGAGAACGAAAGACUAAGGAAAGAAAAUAAACAGCUAAAGGCUGAAAAGGCCAGGCUCCUGAAGGGCCCAGCCGAGAAGGAGCUGGACGUCGAUGCGGACUUUGUGGAGAAGUCGGAGCUGUGGGGCUUGCCGCCACACUCGGACACCGCCACUGCCUCUUCUACCUGGCAGAAGUUUGCAGCUAACACCGGGAAAGCCAAGGACAUUCCAAUACCCAACCUCCGGCCUCUGGAUUUCCCGUCUCCAGAACUCCCUCUGAUGGAGCUCUCGGAGGACAUUCUGAAAGGAUUCAUGAAUGACUGAAUGGAAGGCUGGCCACACAGCUGAUCCAGCAGAGAAUACAAAGGGAAAGCCAGGCCCCGGGGGAGGCCAGCCAUGCUGGAGAUGCUCCUUCCUCUGGAGUGCUGUGGGAGAGGUGGCGGUGCCUGGGAAAGUCACUGUGAAACAUCACUUAUCUUCUUCACGACUAAAGCUCAUGAUUCCGACUUGGCAGACACUGAACUCUUGGAGGUCGCUUUCUUAUGAUACAAACCAAAUGGCUACCUGGAAUAAUUUUUCAAACACUUAUUUUUCUUAUCUUCAGGGUUAAAUGUAUAAAAGUAUGUCAUGUGUAAUUAAUCUAUAAUGCCAUAAAUGAUAAUGCAAAAGCUAACUAUGGUGGCCUGAGAGGCUCACUUGUAUUUGGAACAUGCUUUCUAUCAUGCGUUGACUGUAUGCAUUUCAUGCACAUUUUGUUUGUUUGAGAUAUGGUGUGUAAGAUACACGCUUCCAGACGGAACUGUACGUGCCACAGUUUGCACUACUCGUAACAUAAUGAUAACCUCAAGACUAUCAGGAGAAAUAUUUAAAUUUCCAGUUUAUGAAGAAAGGAACCAAAUUAUUAGUUACGCUUUUAAAAAAAAUUACCAGUUUACAUAAUUAAUCAGGGUGCAUUUUCAGUUCUAACUUUGUGUUAUAUAUGCAUCAUUUGAAAAUACUGAGGAACUCUUCCUUCGUUCUGAAUGAUGCAUGUGUGAAAGUAAUGCUAGUUAGCAGUAUUUGAUUGUAAGAAAUCAAUAAAAUAAUUGUGUUUCAAAAAAAAAAA